AUAAUCAAAAAUUUACCAAUAAUGCUAAAUGUGUUAAAUCAUAUUUAAAUCAAUGCGAGUAUUUUAAAAAUGCUCAUAGUUUAGAAGAACAAGAAGAGAUUUUUAAUCAAGUAAAUCCAAAAAGUUUAGAAGUUGUUAUAGCUGAAGCAAAGGCAAUUAAAAAAAGUUAUUCAGCAAAUAUGGUAAUUCCAUCUAAUGAAAACGAAAAUUUACAUGAAACUAUGUUUUAUGACGAAUUAAAUACUAAAGAAACUCAAGAUUUAUUAGAUGAUUGGCAAGAAACUAUAAAUAACUGGAUCAAAUCAUUAGAAUAUGAAAAUUUAACUAAAUUAGCCAUUCAACAAUAUUUUGAUAUAGAUAUUGAUUCUGAAUGUAAUGAAUUUGUUGAACGUUCUACUCAUACUGUGUAUAAUCCAACUGCUAAAUGGAAAUUAGCAGAAUUGUUUAUAGAAGACUUAGAAGCACCGCAUUAUUUUUAUCAAUCUGAAAAUGCGUAA